AUGAUAAAUCACAAAGAUAUCGAAUCUGCUUUAGUUGAAGUGAUUAAAGUUACAUAUAGCCAAGGUACCAAAAAAUAUGACAAAAUGGGAGCAUCAUAUGUAAACUAUCUUAAGACUUUACAACGAAAAAGAGAUCCAGAAGAUCAUGUUAGAUAUGUUGCAAAACAGCGUGUUCCAAAUGAGGAAACAUAUAAUGAGAGAAUGGCAGAUUUCAAAGAUUGGUAUAAUGAAGAAGUAUACACUAGUCUGGAAAAAUUAUAUAAAUUAUAUCUUGAAUUGGCUAGUCAAGAAGAGAUUGUAGAAAAAAGAUCCAAGGAAGAAGUAGAUGAUAUUCUUCAAAGAAUUCAUGGUCUAGAAAUUUAA